ACCUGCAGAGCGUCCCAGGAAAGGAACUGAGGGGGAAAUGGUGUCGCCUGGAAAAACUUGUGCCAAAAGUUUUGCUUGCAAAUUGUCUCUGGUUAGAAAGCCCUGCAAGGGAGCAGCCCCCAGAAACCAUGCAGGGGGAGAAACCCUUCGACCGAAGGCCCCCUCAGGGGAAGCUGGGGAGAGUCUCCACAUGCUCUGAGUGCAGGAAAUCCUUUACUCACCGGUCCCUCCUUUUGAUCCACCAGAAGGAGCACACGGGGAAUGGAUCGCAUCUGUGUUUGGAGUGUGGGAAAUCCUUUCCUGGAGUGUGGGGCUUUGCCAAACAUCUCAGGAGCCACCCUGGACUAAGGCCCUACAAAUGCAGAGAGUGUGGAAAGCGUUUUGCUAAAGGCUCAAACCUUGGAGCCCAUCAGCAAAUCCACAUAGGAGAGAAACCAUACAAGUACUGGCAUUGCAGGAAGAGCUUUACUUGCAACUCACAACUUUGGGUCCGUGAGAAGGUUCACAGGGGCAUUAUACCUUAUAAAUGCUUUCAGCGUGGAAAAAGUUUCUCUCGAAGUUCAUUUCUUCGGAGCCACAGAGAGGAGAAAAACAAAAAGUGCCUAGAAUGUGGGAAAUGUUUUUCCCAGAAAUCAAACCUGGUGCGACAUCAGAGAAUUCACACUGGAGACAGACCUUAUAAAUGCCCUGAAUGUGAGAAACGAUUUGUGGAUUCUUCUGAACUUCGGACACACAAGAUGAGGCACAGAGGAGAUAAACCGUAUAAAUGUGAGGAGUGUGGGAAAAGUUUUAUUUCGCCAGCAAACCUUCUGAUUCAUCAGAGAAUCCACACAGGGGAGAAACCAUACAAUUGUGUGGAAUGUGGUAAAUGUUUUGCUCAAAAGGGAGGGCUUUGGGAACAUCAGAAAAUUCACACAGGGGAGAAGCCCUAUCAAUGCAUCGAGUGUGGAACAUUUUUUCGUACGACAACAGCCCUCAGAUGUCAUGUGAAAGUUCACACAGGGGAAAAAAAUUACAAAUGUUUAGACUGUGGAAGAGCAUUUGCUCGUCAAUCAUCCCUUAGAAAUCACAGCUUAAUGCAUAUAGGAGAGACGCCCCAUAAAUGCUUGGAAUGCAGUAAAUGUUUUUUCAGUAACGCAACUCUUUUGAGGCAUCAGAGAAUUCAUACUGGAGAAAAGCCUUAUCAAUGCCUGGAGUGUGGGAAAUCUUUUCCUUACAAAGAAUAUCUUAGAAACCAUAAGAGACUUCACACAGGAGAGAAACCUUACAAGUGCGGACAGUGUGGGAAGGGCUUUACUCGCAGUUCAGAUCUUGGGGUCCAUGAGAAGCUUCACACAGGAAUAAAGCCUUAUAAAUGUCUCAGGUGUGGAAAAUGUUUCACUCAAAAUUCAUCUCUCCAGAGCCAUGAGAAAAUCCACAGAGGGGAGAAAAAUGAAAAGUGCCUAGAAUGUGGGAAAUGUUUUUUCCAGAAAUCACACCUGGUGAGACAUCAGAGAAUCCACACCGGAAACAGACCCUAUGAAUGCCCAGAAUGUGAGAAACGAUUUGUCGAUUCUUCUGAACUUCGGAGACACCAGAAGAGGCACAAAGGAGAGAAGCCAUAUAAAUGUGGGGAGUGUGGGAAAUAUUUUGCUCAAAAGAACGGACUUUCAGAACAUCAGAAGAUUCACACAGGGGAGAAGCCCUAUCAAUGCAUCAAGUGUGAAACAUUUUUUCGUACGAGAUCAGGCCUCACACGUCAUAUGAAAGUUCACAUGGAGCAAAAAAAUUACAAAUGUUUAGACUGUGGGAGAGCAUUUGCUUAUUCAUCAUCCCUUAGAAAUCACAGCCUAAUCCAUACAGGAGUGACACCAUUCAGAUGCGUAGAAUGUGGGAAAUGUUUCUGUCGAAAAACAAUACUUUUGGAACAUCAGAACAUUCACACGGGGGAAAAGCCCUAUCAAUGCAUUGAGUGUGGAACAUUUUUUCGUAGGAAGUCAAAUCUCACACGUCAUAUGAAAGUUCACACGGGGGAAAAAAAUUACAGAUGUUUAGACUGUGGAAGAGGAUUUGCUUAUUCAUCAUCCCUUAGAAAUCACAGCCGCCUAAUGCAUGUAGGAGAGACGCCCCAUAAAUGCUUGGAGUGUAAUAAAUGUUUUUCCAGGAAGGAAACGCUUUUGAAGCAUCAGAUAAUUCAUACUGGAGAAAAAGCUCAUCAGUGUCUGGAAUGUGGGAAAUCUUUCCCUUACAAAGAAUGUCUUAGAAACCAUGAGAGAGUUCACAUAGGAGAGAAACCUUAGAAGUGCUGGCAGUGUGGGAAGUGCUUUACUCAGCGUUCACAGCUUUGGGUCCAUGAGAAGAUUCACACCGGAAUAACACCUUAUAAAUGCCUUGAGUGUGGAAAAUGUUUCACUUAGAGUUCAUCUCUUUGGAGCCAUGAGAAAACCCACAGAGGGCAGAAAAAUGAAAAGUGCCUAGAAUGUAGAUGUAAUGGAAUGUGAGGGUGGCCUUGCGAGACAGGGAAAGUGAUGCCACCUGGGGAACCAUCAGAUAAAAGAGAAAGGAGUCCAGAACUGCGUAAUGGCCAUAGAAAGAAGCUUAGGAAAAACCCACCCUAACUACGCAGGUGGUUAAUAGGGAGGGUGGGAGAUUUGUGCUUUCAGACUUGCAAGAUUCUGUUAAUGUAGCUUUCAAUAAAGUA